AUGGAGGGCAUUACAGUCGGGAUCAUUGGGAUGGGUGACAUGGGCCGUAUUGUCGAGGCUGAGCUCAUUGACAAGAUUGUUGCUGAAUAUGGGCCGUCCACCAAAGUCGGCGCCAUUGUUGGUGGGCAGACCUCUUGCAAAGCGCCUGAGCUGGCUGCCUUUGACAAGUACCUGCCUGACGACGUUGAGAUUGUUUCUUGCCAUUCCCUGCAUGGCCCUGCCGUAGACCCAACAGGCCAACCCCUUGUCGUCAUUCAACACAGAGCAUCUCAGAAAAGUGUUGAUCUCUGUGUCCGAAUCCUCUCUUGCCUGAAUUCCAAGUUCGUCUUCUUGUCGGGGGAGAAGCAUGACCGCAUCACAGCAGACACGCAGGCAGUCACGCAUGCAGCGUUUUUGAGCAUGGGAACCGCGUGGGCGGCGAACAACCAGUUUCCGUGGGAAAUCGAUCGAUAUAUCGGUGGCAUCGAAAACGUCAAGAUUAACAUCACUUUGCGCAUCUAUGCCAACAAGUGGCAUGUCUAUGCUGGACUCGCAAUUCUCAACCCGGCAGCGAAAACACAGAUUCGACAGUAUGCUGAGUCGGUUACCGAACUCUUCAAGCUCAUGCUGGGUGGCCACCGAGAGGAGCUGUCCCGGCGGAUCAAGACGGCUGGUGCGGCAGUCUUUUCCAAAGACGCUGUUGAUCAAGAUCUGUUGCUUGGGGAUGAUGUGUUGGACAAGUUCUCGCUCUCACGGAGACCCAAAGAAAGAAUGCCAAACAACCACCUGAGUCUGUUGGGCAUUGUCGAUUGUUGGUGGAAACUCGGCAUCGUUCCAUACGACCAUAUGAUUUGCUCCACGCCUCUCUUCCGAAUCUGGUUGGGGGUCACUGAGUAUCUCUUUCGCAACGAGACCUUGCUAGAUGAAGUAAUCAACACGGCAAUCGAAGAUGACACAUUUCGUUCGGACGAUCUUGAGUUCACCUUUGCGGCAAGAGUAAGUCUCUCCAAAGUGGCAUAA